AUGCGUCUCUUCGCGACCCUCGUAGAUUUGGAGCGGGACACAUCGUGCGGAGACGCAGCGAAUGCGUUUCAGGCUGCACCAACGGCGGUGCUCUUCUCCCAUAUUGGCGUCGUGGUCCGCUUCGUCCUGGACUCGGCGAAAGCCUGCACUGACAAUGUCGAGGUGAAGUGCAACGGUGUGCAUUUCUUUCGCCGAUGUGCGUCGUUCCCGGAAAAUGUGCCGGUGCUGCUGCAGCACGGUGUCUAUGCUUACUUGGCGGCCGCGCUGCCUAACGCGACGCGUGUGCCUGAACUGUUCGUGGAGCUGACCGAGGCAAUCGCCGCCUUUUGCCCCCUACUGGACCCACUGCAGCGCCGUAGCCUUGUCCUCGUGGUGCGCCGUGUACUGCUGAUGACAGCAUCACCAUUUUUUAUUUCACUCUGUACAGCUGUUCUGGUGCGGCUGCUACAGGCGGCUCCGGGGGGCGAUACAGAGNUGAUGACAGCAUCACCAUUUUUUAUUUCACUCUGUACAGCUGUUCUGGUGCGGCUGCUACAGGCGGCUCCGGGGGGCGAUACAGAGCCGCGCUGGCGGGAGGAAAGCACUCCAGACGUGGCGGAGGCGCAAGGGGGUUUGGUGCACAGCAGUUCCACUGCGUUGCGUGAUGAUGACAUCCGUACAUUUAUGGUUGAGAGCUCCAUUCCGCAGCUGCUUUGUCAUGCAGCCGAUGCCCUUGGCGAGGACGACGCGACGCUGCGACGCACUGUGGCCGAGGCCAUUGGACUACUUACUCGUUUUCACUGGCGAUGA